AUGACACAUCCGUGCAACAAGUAUUUCUUCGCUGUAAUUGUGGAUGAGCUCAAAACUGCUUUGACGACUGUCCCGCCUGCUGAUUGGCAGACCUUGAGGUCCGGCCUCACAGCAGGCAAUCAAUUUACCACGACUGUUGCUUUCCAAACUCAACCCUUUCAGCCAGAACAAAAUUACGAAGCAAUGCCAAAAGGAACAAGAAGCUCACCAUCUGCAACAUCGGCAAAAAGAAAAGGACGUCCACCAAAAAAGAAAUCGAGAGAUUCGAGUGGCAGAGCGGGAGUAGACGAAGGCGAUGAUUUCGAUUACACUGGAGAAGAAAGCGAUCAAUCGUUUGGUGAAGAUGAUAUAGACAAUUUAAGCGACACGGAUUCACUACGGGGCAAAAAACGUGGACGAAAAGCAGGAUCAGCAAGCAGAGAUGAGCGGCCGAAACGCCAACCAGGCACACCUGUUGCCAGCGCUUCUCCGUCUUUGGAUCCAGACAGCGACUAUGAUGAACAUGGAGAAACCAAAGUGGAUAGAGGAGGCAACCUGUUAGGAGGUCGGCAGUACAAAGUUCCAACGUUUAAUUUACCCAACCGUGGCCGCAUGCUGUUCAUGUUUUCCAAGGACCCUGCUGCGCUACUUGGUUUCCGUGACAGUUUCGUCUUUCUAAAAAAGAAUCCCAAGCUGGUCAAGGUGCAUGUCACCGAUGCCGAAAAGGGCUUUCUGGUGCAGCAUAAUCUUCUUCGAUCCACGUUUAGAACGCGAGAAGUGUCCGUGGUAACCGCCCGAUCCGUAUACAAGCAGUUUGGCCAUCGUGUGCUAAGAAAGGGUCGGCGUGGACGAGACGAUUACUACUACACCGGCGAAGACGAGGGCGAUUUUGAUGAACACAGCGAGGAGGAAACAAAGGAUGCAAACGACAAGUCAUGGUCGCCCUUUGCUGUUAGCGGACGAAACAACUUGACGAGCAAUAGUCGACGAACACCUAUUGCUGCUAGUGCCGCUGCCUCCAAAAUGUCAGCACCUGUCAUCACUGAAACCAACUGGAUGCAUCACGUUGCACUAUCUAUACGCAACUUUAACACGCAGCUCUGCGAGUAUCGUCGCGAUAACCCAUCCUUCUUUGAUCUACACACAAACGUCCAUCAGAUCCCAGCAUCAAAGCAGCCAUUGCGCUUGCUGUAUGAAAUGACCGAAUCACCGUUAAAAAAAGAAAGCUCUCAAGAAACUGGAGAAAUAGCAACCGGGGAGAAUGCGCCUGCAGAGAAAGCAACAGCACAGCAGGGAGCUGGAUUCACCGAAAAGAAUGAACAAGAUGUGCCAUCAGUAUCAUCCUCUGCAUCAGCAGCACUGCCAAUGACCGCAGCUUCAGCAGCAACGGUACCCACACCAGCAGUACCAGUAGCACCACAGUCAUUAACAUCAGCACCGCCAUCAUCAUUACCUGUUUCCACACCAAGUGUCCCACAAAUGGCACAGGUACCGCAACAACCAGGCCAAUACCCCGCUACAACACAACAGCAACAGCAUGCAAUUCGCCAAAUGCAAGCACAGCAAGCUGCUGCUGCCGGUCAUCCAAUGUAUUUCCAACAAAUGGCGGGCAACCGGCCACCUCAAGUACCUAUGGGCGGACCCAUGGGAGCAUAUCAUCCUCAGCAACAACAAAUGAUGAUGCAACAUGCAUCUGCCAACGGUGUCUAUGCCCCCAAUACCAGCAUGGCACCUAUGGGAAACAAUCCUUAUCCGUUUAUGCAUCAAAGCGGCACAAUGUAAAAAGAAACAACUGAUAUCCAUCUCUGUGCGUGUGCGUUGUGAUUGUCUAUAGUAAUAAUAAUGCUGCUUUGCUCCUGGUGAAAUAUACACAUCCUAUAUAUACUCGUGUUUUCUUU